UGGAGUUUUGUUAAGAACUGGGUUGCUUUAUGGACAAAUGCUGUUCUUUUUUAGGAUGAAACUGCUCUGUUUAGACUUGUCUGUGGUUAUCAGGCUGUAGAAUCAUUAACUUGAUACAGAAGGAGCCAAACUGGCAACUCAGAUUUACAAGAGAACUGUGAAAAGGAAACAGGACCCUCUCUGCAUGGGGCCGCUAAACUCGCAAAGGAUGUUAUGACAAAGUUGCGGAUACUGAGUGUUAAAGACACUUUCCAGGUGUUUUAUUUUGUUUUGCUAGUUUUAAAGAACGGUCCAAAGAAAACCAGAGGAAACACCGACACAUGCUGAGCAGCGUGGCUGGAGGAAGAGGCCUCAGAGUUCUUUUGUCUUUAGAAUGAAGUUGUAAAUGCAAUUCCCAGGUUAUCAGUGGAAUUUUACAAGAGGACAAUGUGUAUGAGAAUAUGCAAGAGUCCCAGGAGACCCACAUGUCCAGCCACCUAGACGAAGUCAUUGCUGCUGUCAGCGUCACUUCUAAACACAGGAUUCCGAAUAAGCUGCUUCAGACAGCACUGUUCCAGCCCCCUCGAGAGAAACUCCACCUGUGUGAGGAGAGGGCGAAGUCCUACUCCAGCGGCCGCGAGUACAAACAGGCUAUCCAGGAGCUUGUGCGCUGUGUGGCACUAACGAGGAUUUGCUAUGGUGACUGGCACUGGAAACUAGCUGAGGCCUAUGUUAAUCUGGCUCAGGGCUACCUCCAGCUGAAAGGGCUGUCGCUACAAGCAAAGCAACAUGCAGAAAAAGCCAAAGAAAUCCUGGCCAACUCCAUCGAGAGUCCCCAUCACAACAAAACAGAUAUCUUCAAGUGUUCCCUGGAGCUUUUCUACACCUUGGGGAGAGCCCUGGUCUCCCUUCAAAAAUUUAAAGAAGCCUCAGAGAACCUGAUGAAAGCAGAGAGACUUUCCAAGGAGAUGCUGCAAUGUGGGAACAUUAUAAAGGAAGAGUGGAUAGAAAUCCAGUCUCGGAUCAAGCUGUCAUUUGCACAGUUGUAUCAAGGUCAGAAAAGAUCAAAAGAAGCUUUCCCGUUCUAUCAAAAGGCUUUGGAAUAUACCGAAAUCACCAAAGACGAAAAGAGUCUUGAGUGUGUCCAAGUGCUGAGGGAACUGGCAGGUGUGGAGCAAGCCCUGGGACUCUACGAAGCCGCCAUCAGUCAUUUCUUACGGGCACAUCUCAUCAUCCUGAGUAAAGACCCCUCCCCAGAGGAGGCUGCAGACUCUGCACACUUUAUCGCCCGAGCUGCUGUUGCUUCUGGGAUGCACGACCACCGUGAUGUGGCCGAGAAAUAUUUUCAGGAAAGCAUGACUUAUAUCAAGGAUUCCGAAGGAGCAGAAAAAGCCAAGUUCCUUUCGAUUCAAGAUGAAUUUUGCAGUUUUCUGCAAACCACUGGACAAAAAGAAAGAGCCGCCAUGAUCCUGAGAGAGUCCCUGGAAGCCAAAGUGGGAGCGUUUGGUGACUUCAGUCCUGAGGUGGCAGAAACCUACCGGGUCCUGGGCAGGGCAGACCUGGCGCAGGGAAACAACAGCGGAGCUUACGCAAAGCUAAAGAAGGGAAUUAGGGGCCAGGGAGAAGAUCCUUCAAUCACCAAAGAGUGUGUCCAGAUCGAGACGUUCUUGUAUGGAUCACAGGACAAGAAGACCCUGGCCACCCAGCACACCAUAGACACACUGUCCAGGAUCUCCGAGGCUGCUGGGAAGUCAAGGCAGACGGUGAAAGCCAAAGUAGCAUUCUGCACCAGCGUCCCCCAGUACUCGAUGCCGGGGAAGGGCAGGCACAGUGCAGCAGACUGAUGCCCCCACGGACCACGCCAAAGAAAGCUCCGAGAAAGACUUGGCAGGCAUUGCUUUUAGGAUGCUGAACAAACCUCCAGCUCGAAGGUGGAGGCUAGCAGUCACCGAAGAUUUUUAGGGCUGUUUGCUUCAGAAUGCGACGGCAGUACCAUGAAUCUUCCACAUCCCAAUUGUGAACGCCCUUCAGGGCGAUAUGGUGCUUUCGGUUAUUUUCUUCCACCAAGGAGAAUUCCCUCUGUCAUCUCUGCUGUGGCUGAAAUACUCUUCCAAAGUUGGAACUUCUCUACAGGAAAGGAGACUCACCUGAUGACAGGCAGGGCUCCUGCUCCACCCAGAACCACAUCUGGGCCAGUGAGAUCCCACACAAAGCCUCCCUUAUAUGAAAGUAAUAGUAACUGAGAAGAAAAGACCAAUAAAGAGAAACUUCUGCUAGUGUCA